AUGCCUACGAAGAUUCACCAUUGCAAGGUCGUAGGUCCAUCAUCGGUAAGGGGACCAAAUGGAGAAAUGGUGCCUCUAGGUCAGAUGGAUGGAGAUGCAAUCAGAUUGGUUACUGCAUCAAAGGUUUGGAUAGACCACAAUACAUUGUAUUCAUGCCAGGAUGGUCUUCUGGACGUAACUCAUGGAUUUAUAGACAUUACCAUCUCUAACAACUUGUUCAAGGACCAAGACAAGGUUAUGCUUCUUGGACACGACGAUGGAUACUUAAGAGACAAGAACAUGAGAGUUAUUGUUGUGUUCAAUCACUUUGGUCCAAAUUGCAACCAACGAAUGCCAAAGGUUCGCCAUGGAUAUGCACACGUGGGCAACAACCUGUACCAAGGAUGGGAACAGUAUGCAAUUGGGGGAAGCAUGAAUCCUAGCAUUAAGAGUGAAGCCAACUACUUCAUUGCACCAAAAUCAGGAAAUAAAGAGGUAACAUGGAGAAAUGGCAUCAAUGAGAAUAGCAAGCCAUUGAUGUUCUAUUUUGUGGGAGAUGUAUUUGAAAAUGGAGCCUCUUUCAUUCAGACCGAUUUGGGCGGGGCAAAGCCUAAUUAUAAUGAUCAACAGAGGUUCAAGGUUGCAGAUGCCAAGUUUGUGAGGUCGAUAACAAAGUCAUCAGGUACUUUAAAGUGUUUUAGAACUAUUAUGUGCUGA